GUGAAUUGGAAAAGCUGCCACAUAACUUUAAAUUGUUUUAAUAUUUAUAAAUUUAUCUUAAUUAUAAUCUUAUACUUAUCGGUGUGUUUUCAUAUAGAUAUUAGAAUUUUAUAGUCAUCGUCGGACAUGACACGACCCCUUUGAUAUAGAAAACUCAGACCCCAAUAUGGCUGCACUGGAAGAAGGGUUUCAAUAUGGUCUCUCUUCAAAUUCGAUUUCUUCAACAAACAAAUCAGUGGUUCAAGUGAAACUUACAGAUACAUCUUUACGAAUAUUCGAGGAAUAUGUAAGAGGAAAGGCAUCUUUAGGUAGAAAGCCAAGUAUUCAGUUCCAUGGAAACCUUGGGACUAUACAGAUUCCAGAGGGAGAUCAAAUGCGGACAUUUCAAUUCACUUUGUCUGCACUGGAAGCCAAUGGCAGUUUUGAUGCUCUCUGCCAACCUAACACAAGAGGUGGGGGUCACCUGACGCUAGAGGGCAGCAUGACCAACAAGAUCCAGAUCCACGCCACAAACGAGCUCUUCCAGACCACCAAGGAACGCGUCACGCAGGCAGAGAUAGACAGCAAGAAAGUCUCAACCAAAGUCAUUAAGCAGAGUGGGCCACACAUCAGUCGCAAGAAGACCACAGUGAUACGCAACGCCCCUCCACCCCAACACGCCCCCUCCAGACCCUCGCCAGCACCACCUGCCAAGCCAAAGCCACCCACUGCGCCCCCCGUGAACUUUGUCAAACGACCUUCACCUUCAUACGCAAGCCACGGUCACGCUGUUUCCCCGCACAACCCCACAUCCUCAUCCAAACCAUUGUCCCCCAACCUGAACGCUCUGUCGAACGCUGGCCUGCCUAGUAGUCAUGGUAACCAGCCAACUAAUCAGAAUGCUGGCCUGCCUAGUAGUCAUGGUAACCAGCCAACCAAUCAGAGCUCUGCUGCUAAGAGUUCAGGAAAUCCUGCCGUGACGUCCAUGCCUUACAGGGAUAGAAUAAUUCAUCUUCUGGCAGUUCGCUCAUACAAAAGACCUGAGCUUCUUAUUCGGUUAAGAAAAGAUGGUGAGAACAAGAAGGAUAAGGACCAGCUGGGAACCAUACUGAGCCAGGUGGCAGUGUCCAAGGACAAUGUGUUCAGCCUGGCCAAGCACAUUUAUCCAGAGGUGCGCAUGGACUGGCCUUUCUACACAGAGGAAGACCGGGAAAUCUUGAAGAAGAAGCUACAGAAGCCCAGCUCUGUGUCCCCGUCAGCCUCCCCAGCCAACCGCAGCCCAGACAGCCAGACCACCACCACUGUCUCACAGAAGAAGAGUGAGUCUCUGAAGCGUUCCAUAGAGGAGACAAACCACUCUACACACUCCGCCAAGAAGAUCCGCAUUGCUCAUGGCAGUCGACCUCCCCACACAGUCGGCCUGGAUGAGAAGCACGCAUUCUCACACAACAGCGUCUCCUCCACCACAGACAUAUCAGACAAGAAGGAAAACAUUGAUGACACUGUGGAUUCUACUUCUGACAUCCCAGAAUACAUGAGGCAUUAUUUCACGAUAUCGAAUGACGACCAGCGAUGCAAGUACAAGCAGGACUUCAACACAGAGUAUGAUGAGUACAGAGAUCUACAUGCCAAGAUUGAGAACGUCUCACAGAAGUUUGUCAAGCUUCAGGUGGAACGGAAUAAGCUCAAGAGGGAUUCUAUGGAAUUUAAGGACAUAGAGGACAGGAUCCGGGAGGAAUAUCGCUCGCAGAAAAGUGAUAUUAAGUUUGUAGAACAAAAGAAACGCUUUGAAUACCUGCAUAAAAAACUCGCCUAUAUCAAAAAGCUCAUAUUGGAUUACGAUCAAAAGUACUUGACAACCAUCUCUUAGCAAUAGAUUCCUCCCGAACGGCCUCGUCACCUGGAUUUUGUUGUUUUCUGACCUCCACUUGAAGAGUUUAUUUAUUAUGAAUUGCUGCUCCAUGAUUUCUCCAUUUCCUAUCAAACCACGGUCAUGUGAUAUUUAUUUGCGGUUUGGUUUGAUUGCGUUUGUGUUAAGACAUGUCGUGAAAUGUGAAAUUUCCAGAGGGGUAAUGCCGAUUGUUUGAUGGCCAUGUGAUGAGUUUUAUUGAUGAUGCGGCCAUGUGAUACUUUUAUAUAUUCGAAAGCAGAACUGUGGUAUUUGUGUGCAUUUAGUGGUCAUUUCACGUGAUUGGGUCAUGUGACAUUUUUUACCAUGUGACCUGAGGAGGUGUGAUUGAUAAAAGAAGAAACACCUGCUUGUGAAGACUGGAGAGGAAUUGAAGAGACCUGAAUCAAAGGGUCUCUCUGUUAUUAGCAUUUAUAGUGUGGCAUCUGAUUGAUUGUGUAGUGCUUUAUUUAUCUCAGAAACCACGUGAUUGUUAACAUAAGAUACCAUAUUAUUAUCAUGGUUUCCAUUUUCUGUAGAACAAACGAACUGCAAAAAAGCCAUCAUAGAAAUAAGUGAGUCAUUUUUGCCAACCAAAAAAUCUAUGUUGAUAUUGUUUCUGAUACCAAUGUGCUUUAUAUCUGUGCUUUAUUUUGUAACUCCUUAGAUUUCUUUCUUCACAAAGUUUAAAUGCUUCUAAAGACUUAAUGAGAAAACAAUUUGGUCCUAUUAUUUUAUUAGAUAACUGGUAAUUAAAUUCAUAAGUUGAAUUUUAUAUGUGACAUGUGAAGUUCCAGCAGGAAAAUACGUCUUUACCUUGUUAUUGAAUUUUGCCUCAGUAGGUUAAAUGUUCAUAUUAAACAUUAGUAAUCAAUUUUAUGAAAUUAACAAAUAUUAACAGAGUUCUUUUUGAGUUUAUAGUUAAAAUUGCGAAUUCAUUUCAAUGUCAAUUUGUACAUUAUCGGAAGUAAAUAACAAUAAUGACGUGCCAUGCUCGAUGUAUUUUAGUGUUGUAUCGAGUGAUUUUUGUUCCCCUCUGUUACUUUGCUGCUCAAAUCAUUUGUUAUUGUUUCAAGUUAUGUCAAAUAUGGUUGACUUGACAGCGUACUUUGUAUCAAAAUAAUAGUUUUAUUAAAGUAGUUCAAAAUGUUUAAUGACAAUGAGGAGUAACGGAAAAGCUUGAGAGCUUUGUUUGGAAGUUUCUCUUACAUUCUUUAGAGUUGGGGUGAUGACUUUAAUUUAUUUUUAAUUUAUCAAAAACUUGUUGUUAUCUACUGUAAAUGGCAAUAUUUAAGUUAAGUAUAUAUGUAAAUGUAUGAAGUAUAAGUUUAGAAAAUUUGAAAAAAAUGAAUACAUUGUGGUUGCAUGCAGUAUUUGCUUCUUCAAGGUACUGGUGUUGAUUUUUGCAAAUGCUUAUAGAAUGGGAAUUUUGAUUUUCAUUAUCUAAAGUGUGUUCAGUUUUUGAACCGACAUUUAUUUUGAAACGAGUGUUAUCAUCCAUGUAAUGUUCAUUUUCACUGUUAUGUAAAAAUAUUUUAUUUGCUUUCCCUGUAUAAAAUGUAUACAGAAAAACAAAAAUGAACAAAAAAAGAGCAAAACAUCCAAAGAAGAAAAUAUUCUACUUAUUGUAAUCAUUAGUUAUUCUGUCUUCAAUAAUAAGCAAAAAUAUAAAUUUGCUAUUAAGCGUUCAGUUGUCAAUAAGUAUGAUGUUAUCGAUGGUUAAUAACCAGUGGUUUACUGAAGCAUGAGCCCACUGGGCCCCUGCUGAAUGUGUUUUUUACACUAUGUAUUUUAAACUGUGACAUGAUGAUAGAUGAUUCAACAAAUUAGAUCCCAGCAUCAGAAAAAAACAUUGAAUUAUUCAUAAAAAAGUAAUUUCACUUGAUAGAUGAUUUGUACAUCUUGUAAUUUAUUUGUUUAAAUAUAAAUAAGGAUUGACUUUUUGGGCUCCCAUAUUUCAUGUUGGGGGCAAGUAGAUUGUAAACGCAACUGGCAGUAUGAGCAAGUGGAAGUAACUUUCUUUAGUAACCGCCCAUGAAUACUUGUAAAUGGAAGUUAGUCGAGUUGCAGUCACUAAUUUUGAGGUGGAAUUGAAAACUGAAAUCAAAAGAUGAGCUUUCUGUCCAUCUGUAAAUUACUCAUAAAUGUUUACAUAAAUGUUAAAACAACUACUGGAAUACAUAACAAUAGUCGGCAUGUUGCCUACUUGUAUUUCACAAAAAAACAUUUUUCGCUUAUCUUCAAUGUUUUAAAACUAUUUCUUUAUCAGAUAUAUCAAGUCCCUUUUUUUGGCAUACAAGAAUAUUUAGACAUAUUUCUUCCUGUAGGCCUCUCUGUGUCAUGUCAUGUUGGUAUAUCUGCUGUUGUGAAGGACUAUUCACUUCUUAAUAGUCAUGUUAAUUUGGUUUACCAAGAAAAAAAAAACAUUUAACACUUCCUAUUUUACAUUCUUCCCUGCAGUUGUAUGAUAUUUUUAACAACAAAGAUUCUUCCAAAAUAGGAGAUCAAUUAAAACCUAUGUGCAUUUAACACCAAGCAUUUUUUUCAGGUAGUAUUUAAAAUUCAGUUCAAUAAUAUUAUCUUGUUUACUUUUGUGUUUAUUACUGUAUUUGACAGACGACAGUUGUAUAUUUUUUUGUUCACAAAUUUACUGGUUUAGGGGUGGUUAAUCUUCAAGUAUUUACCAAAGCCAUUUUCCCGGUCAUAUCACACUGUUCUUAUGUUCUCUUACCUUAACCUUGAGGUUUAUAAAGUGUUUCUUUUCGAAACAGUGGGAUAUGUAUUUUAUACAUUAGUAUAGGUUUCUGAGGUUAUGGCAUUUAGUUUUUUAUGUCCCCCACUAUAGUAGUGGGGGACAUAUUGUUUUUGCCCUGUCUGUUGGUUGGUUGGUUUGCGCCAACUUUAACAUUUGCAAUAACUUUUGCAAUAUUGAAGAUAGCAACUUGAUAUUUGGCAUGCAUAUGUAUCUCAUGGAGCUGCACAUUUUGAGUGGUGAAAGGUCAAGGUCAUCCUUCAAGGUCAAAUAUAUGGGUCAAAAUUGCUCAUUUAAUGUACACUUUUGCAGUAUUUCAAUAUUCAAGAUAGCAACUUGAUAUUUGGCAUGCAUGUGUAUCUCAUGGAGCUGCACAUUUUGAGUGGUGAAAGGUCAAGGUCAUCCUUCAAGGUCAGAGGUCAAAAUUAUGUGGACAAAAUCGCUCAUUUUAUGAGUACUUUUGCAAUAUUGAAGAUAGCAACUUGAUAUUUGGCAUGCAUGUGUAUCUCAUGGAGCUGCACAUUUUGAGUGGUGAAAGGUCAAGGUCAUCCUUCAAGGUCAGAGGUCAAAUAUAUGUGGCCCAAAUCGCUUAUUUUAUGAAUACUUUUGCAAUAUUGAAGAUAGCAACUUGAUAUUUGGCAUGCAUGUGUAUCUCAUGGAGCUGCACAUUUUGAGUAGUGAAAGGUCAAGGUAAAGGUCAUCCUUCAAGGUCAAAUAUAUGGGUCAAAAUUGCUCAUGUAAUGUCACUUCUGCAAUAUUGAAGCUAGCAAUUUUAUAUUUGAAAUGCAUGUGUAUCUCAUGGAGCUGCACAUUUUGAGUGGUGAAGGGUCAAGGUCAUCCUUCAAGGUCAAACAUCAUAUAGGAGGACAUUGUGUUUCACAAACACAUCUUGUUUAUUUAUUGAAACAUAUUAACAUUCGAUAUAAGUUGGGUGGGUUCAAUUCCAUCAAAAGGAAGCUAUACUAUUCUUCAUGUUGUUUUCACUACAUGUAUAUUGAAUGCCAACUUUGCUUUGGAACAAUUUAAAAUAAAAAUAUAACAAAAGAUGUAAAUGGCAACAUUCUACUUUACUUUGGCAGUAAAAUUGGGUUUAUUGUAUCGAAGGUUUUGUUCAGUUUACUAUCAUUUAGUAGCUUAUUUUAAAUUAUGUUCUCAGUAAACAAUGGGCACAAAACAUGCUCCACAAUAGGAGCACCAGUGAACUAAUGAAUAUCAUUCUGCCAACAGUUUGACUUAUAAAAUCUAGAGCUAUUCCAAACCAAUGGAAUGUAAAGAUAUAAGCCACGCUGUUUUAAAACAGGGUUUCAUGUAUGUGCAUAAAGUGUGGUCCCAGAUUAGCCUCUGGGAUCACACUUUGUGCCUUAACUUGAUUUUUAGUGAAGAAGGUACUUUUUUUAAAACAAAUAUAUAAUAAAAGCAGUAAUUGGCAUUCUUGGUUAGCCUGUGCGGACUGCACAGGCUAAUUUAGGACAACAGUUUUUGCAUGUUCAUUAAAUCCUGUUUUUCCAGAGCACGGAUAAAAAAUAUUUAUAUUAUGAAAAAAAAAUGUGCUUCUUUGUAGCACACUUAUGGUGUGAAUGUUGUGAAGGCAGGGUUAACACUUGUAUAUAGAUCAUUUUCAUCACCUAGGACAUCAAUGGGAUAGUCUCAAUAUUUAGCCAUACACAAUCACACUUGGGGAAAGGACUCAUUUCUUGCUUCAUUUUGAUUGAUGGCGGUUUUAAUUCAAAGAGGUACCUCAGUUGUGAUGGCUGUUUGGGGUGAUAUGAUUGAAGAAACACAAUUAACUAUUUAUAACAUUAAGAAAUAUUAUUUAAUUUGCUUUUUUUUGUUAUUUCUGUGUCAUCCUACCCUGUUAAUUUGAUUAAGAACUUUUCAAUAUUCUACAAAAGAAAUACAUUGAUGUUAUACAUUUCUCAUUCUAAAAUUUGAGCCUAAAAUGUUAUUUUAUUGGCAAUAAAGUUUGGGUAAAAAAAUGAUUUAUUUAUUUAAUCAUAAAAUAUUUUCUUUUGAAUUAAUUUCAUUUCUUUUAAUAAAUAUUAUGUGUUGAAAGAUGUUUCAAAUACUUGUUUAUUGUUAUUGUGAUGAAUGACUCUAUAACAGCAAGUGUCUGUUGCCUUAUACAAUGGCAUGAUUAAAUGAUUAAUGAAGGUGUUCGGAAAUGCAUGAGAAAUAAAGUUAAUAAGUGAGUGUGUUUGAAUGCUCAAGCAAUAUUCUUUGUGGUCCAACCACGAUAGCAACAAGCUGAAGGGGUGUUGAAGUGUGAAUUUAACUUGUUAACUUAAAAAGUGUUCAAAUGCUAGUGUAAUAGUUUGACCGUUUGAAUGCGAGGAUAGAAUAUUUCCUAGGUGUUCAAGUAAAUGAAGUCUUUUGUGCUGUAAAUGGCUUGGUAAAUCUUAAAAAUUAAAUUUUUCAUUUUAAAUAACAUUGAAAAUCCGUAGAUUUAAAUGUAUGAUAAUCUAAAAUGAAAUAUGCCAUUGCUUUGCUGUAACAAUUUUUCUUGUAUGCAAUACCUUUUUAGGUCUUGUUAAUUUCUUAUAAUUUGCUAUUGUAGUUCUUUACAAAGAAAGUUAUUUAUUAGUAACAUUUAUGAUACUCAUGUUCAAAAUGCGUCAAUUUUGACCUGUGUUGUUGGUAUUUGUUUCUCUGUCAUGUCAGAAAACAUGGGCAUUGGUUACGGAAAAAACCUUCUACAAAAUGAUCGACUGGUUACUUUAGUGUUACUACAACUAUGUCAGCAUAUAGAAAUAUUAUGAAGCAUGUUGCAUUUGGAUUGUUUGAUGCAAAAUGACAACUAGGAAUUUUGAUGUUUGAUGAAUAUCUUCUGUGUAUGAUUUAAUAUCAUCAGUGUAAAUAUUGUACAUUAUAAAUUAACCAAAAGAUUAAUUUACAAGCUAACAACAUGCGUUGCCACAAAAUAAUUUGUGCUCAUUCAAAGAUAUUUAAUUCGGAUGGUGUUUUUGCUCAGAUGUUUGUGUUAAGCAAUAUUUAUACUGUGCAGGCUAAUAUGUAGUUAAUUAGCAAAUUGAAACAUAUUGAGUUAUUUUGUGAUAGAAACAAGUGCCAUUCUUGUUCCAUAUAACACCAACAUGAAUUGAGCCUCAUCUCUGUUACUUUAUACUUUUACCAACUGGGUAGCUCCUGACCAGACUGCAAAAAUGGCAAUGAUGCCAAAUAAGGCCAGCGUUGCUCCAGACAAGGCAAUGAUGCCACAUAUGGCCAGUGUUGCUCCAGGGCAAUGAUGCCACAUAUGGCCAGCGUUGCUCCAGACAAGCCUGUGCAAUGAUGCCACAUAUGGCCAGCGUUGCUCCAGACAAGCCUGUGCAAUGAUGCCACAUAUGGCCAGCGUUGCUCCAGACAAGCCUGUGCAAUGAUGCCACAUAUGGCCAGCGUUGCUCCAGACAAGCCUGUGCAAUGAUGCCACAUAUGGCCAGCGUUGCUCCAGACAAGCCUGUGCAAUGAUGCCACAUAUGGCCAGCGUUGCUCCAGACAAGCCUGUGCAAUGAUGCCACAUAUGGCCAGCGUUGCUCCAGACAAGCCUGUGCAAUGAUGCCACAUAUGGCCAGUGUUGCUCCAGGGCAAUGAUGCCACAUAUGGCCAGCGUUGCUCCAGACAAGCCUGUGCAAUGAUGCCACAUAUGGCCAGCGUUGCUCCAGACAAGCCUGUGCAAUGAUGCCACAUAUGGCCAGCGUUGCUCCAGACAAGCCUGUGCAAUGAUGCCACAUAUGGCCAGCGUUGCUCCUCACAAGCCUGUGCAAUGAUGCCACAUAUGGCCAGCGUUGCUCCAGACAAGCCUGUGCAAUGAUGCCACAUAUGGCCAGCGUUGCUCCAGACAAGCCUGUGCAUUAGUGCAGUCUUGAUAGGAGUUACCCUGUUGGCUUUUAAGUAACAAUAGGUUUUGGGCUCUGAUGAGCGGACUUUGUGCCUUCUUAUCAGAGUGUAUCCAUGCAGAGGCAUAUAUGUCUCAAGGUCCUUUUUCGCACGAUGUGGCUAAAUGUUGUUAGAAGGAUUAGAUCUCUGGGCACCUGAUUCUCGUCUCAUAGUUAUAAUAUUUUGUAUGCUAUGUGUGUUUGUGAGAUUGUUCUAUAUUUGAGUGUUUGAAAUGUAAAUUUCCCCCAAUGGAUUGUUGCAUAUUAAUAUUAUUCUACCAUUCUUAGUACUGAGGGAGAAGUCAGUUCAAACAUAUCAAAAUAAUAUCUGUGGUCUUCCGUGACAUUCAAACCAUGAUGCUUAUUAUAUGAUGUUGUGAGCGGGUGCAUGACAAUUGCAACAAAUGCUUUAUUUCUUUUGGCUAUCUUUGUUAUGAUGCAACCUAGCAAUAUGAACAUCAUAUGUGAUGCCACUGUUGGGCGCACAAACAUUUGUACAUUGAAAGGGACGUGUAAAUAUAUGUUUGCAUAUUGCAUACUUGGUUGUUAGAGUCUGAAUAUUGAAUGAUAUUCCCCCAUGGCAUUGACCGACUGGGGCUUGACUGUGCAAGGCUGGCUCAAAAACCUGUCAUUAUUUGCAUUUAUUGGCAGAUAUUUAGUUAUAAAGAAUUUAAUCAGUUUUAAGAAUAAUUUAUGUAAAGCAAUUGAUUAAAUCCAAGUAAGGUAAUUACCAAUUUUUGUCUAACAACUUCUUCAUGGAAUUAUUAUUUUAAACAAGUCAUAUUUGUCAGCUAUGUUAAGUUUAAAAAUGUGCAAAUGUUAUGAGUAGUUCUUUAUCAGGGUAAUACAAAUUAAAUGAAGACCGAGACCUGGGCUAACAAGAGGAUUGAAAUAUUCCAAUGUUCAUAUAAGCCAUAUAUUUCAGGUUCAGUUUAAAAAAAUAGGUCUAAACUUAGCAUUAAUCAAGUAUGUACAAAGAGAAUAGUACACAAAUGUGGUGUGACGGUGGCUUGUAGCACACAAGCUGAUUGUGUUAUGCUGUAGACCACAAGCUUGCAGUGCUCGUGGAGUACAAUGUAACACAAUUAGGCAGAGCAUCGCAUUCCUCUUGAACACUUCAGUUAGAAACUAUUUAUUAAAUUCACUGGGAUUUCAACGGAUCAAAACAUUGAUCGAAAAUAUUAAGCUUAACACACAAGUAACACAAAUGUGCUGUUCAAAACUGUUUAUGAAAAGCAAAUGUCAUGUACAUAGAUAAUUAAAUUCCUGUCACAGUCUGUUCAGGUUUUAUGCUGUUUGCUGCUCAUCAAUAUCUAAGAAAAUGGAAAUGAAGCCUUUACAACUUGAAUUUAGUAAGAAAGUUAUUUUAUUAAAUUUACCUUUCUAAGGGAGUACAUGUGUCAAAAUACGUAUCUAAGUGGUCAAAAUACGUAUCUAAGGGGUAAAGGGUUAAUUAUUUGAGCUGCGUUCUGGCAAAAACUUGGCUUAAUGCACACAGUGGUAUCAGAUUAGCCUGUGCAGUCCCCAUAGGAUAUUCUGGGAUGACACUUUCCACCUAGAGUCCUAGACUGAAUUUUCAUUUGGAGAGCCUUCAUUUAAGUGUCAUCCUGGAGUAGCCUGCACAGACUACUAUGGGAUGACACUUUAUGCACUUGUAUUAAGCCCAGUUUUCCCAGAAGGCUACUCAUUUGUAAACAAGAGGUAAGAGAUAACCGUCACUGCCAGUCUUGCCUCGGGUUUGGUUCAUACCUCUGUGAUACUUUCUUUCACAUGCUAUUGAAUUUUAUUUAUUGUUUAGACUUGGUUUAUGAUCAAGCACUCAUUGCUUAGUGCACCAGUUUGACAUGGGAACAGAUAUAUCUGGCCAAUUGAUCUGACAGAUGCUCGUGGAAAGCAUGGGUUAAAAUCUUUGAGGUGAAUGAUAUUAUAUCUUAUAUUCCAACAUAAAGGAAUCUCUAGUAACAAUUAGAUCCAUGGAACAAAACUUGGUUUAAAUGUUUACUCUUUAUCAAACUUGACUAUUCCUUUUUUAUUGUCUUAUUUAAUAACUAAACUAGUUAACUUGUACAUUUUCACUAUUUGGGAGUACAAAUCUGUUAAAUUUUUACCUUGGAUUUGUUUGACUUUGGAAAUCUCCUUUGAGAAAAGUGCAAGGAUGACGCAGUGUGAGAUGGGGUGAUCAAUCUGUUGUAAGGAUUGGGUCACGUUUGUCUAGGAACACUGCUGAUAACUUGUGCCAGUUUUAAUUUUCAAAGACUUUUAUACAUUUUUUGCUGGAAAAUGAAUUUCUUUAAAGUGUAUGCACAGUGUAUGAUUGUAUUAUGCUAUUUUAUGUUUUACUUUAUGCACCCUGAUGUUUUAUUGUUGAAGAUUACGGACCAGCCCAACGGACUGUGAGAAUUGUCACAUUGUAAAAACUAGCAUUUUUAAUGCAAAGUUAAUAAACAGCAUUGCAAAACGUU